UUCGGUGUAUACCAACAUGUGUUCUCCUGUUUUGAUUGUUAUGUGAAAUGCAUUGAUUAUCUUUUUAUUCAAAUUAUUUAGUAUUCCGCUUAUGUUUGUUUUAUAUAUUUUUUAUUUCAUAAAUUAAAAUGUCGGAGACAUUAACAUCUUUAUGUUCUGUGCUUCUGAGAGAAUAUUUUGGUGAAAUAGUUCAGCAAGUAGGAACAUUUUUGAUGAAACAAGUUUCAUCAUGUCCUCUCAUUUGGAUUAGAAUAAGUAUUGGUUUACCUCUGGACAAAGUAAAAUCAUCACUCUGUGUACUUAUUCAGCAUAACUUUUGUGAAUUUGUGGAAACUGAAAAAGGCCAUGUUGAAUAUGCAAUGAAACAAGAAAGUGUGCUACGAUUGUUGCAUUAUGAACGAUAUGCUUAUUGUUCACAACUGCUAUUUGGUGACCCAGCUGAUCUGUUAGUUGAAGAAAUACUUAUUCAUGGGAAACUAACUAUGAGCGAAGCAAUUCUGAAAGUUGUUGAACGAUUACAAGAUGCAAAGGAUACAACUGGAGUUGAUUAUUCUACUGAAGAAGUAUGUCAAAAAUUUAGAUUGCUCAUUGAAAAUCAUUAUCUAAUUCGUUGCCCAUAUUCUCAAAGUACCGAAGAUAAAAAGAUACCAAAUCUUUCCAUUACAGAAAAUGAAAUGUUUGUUAUUCCAAAGAUCAAUAUGGCUUUAUUAGAAGUGAAUCCAAGUGAAGAACAAGCAGCAAAACGUCCGAAAAUUGAAUUUCCUGAUAGUGAAAUUUAUUGGAGGAUAAAUUUUGAUAGGUUUCAACAUUAUUUUAGAGAUGAAGCUAUUAUUUCAGCUUGUGCUAGUCAUUUUGACGACAAAUCGGCAGAUGUAAUAAAAGCGAUAUUAUAUGAAGCUGAUCUGAAGUUGAGAACAUUAUCUCCUACAACAAAUCCUAUUCAGUAUUAUGAUAUUGUGAAGAGAUUAUCUGCAAUUAGUACUGUUAAAUCCUCAGAAUUAAAUGGCCUGCUUGUUAAUUUAUGUGAAGGUACAAGAAGUUUUAUUUCCAAAGCUGAUGAUCGAGGAAAUGGUAUGUAUGUUGUAAACAUUUUUAGAAUUCUGCAGAAGAUAGUUGAAGAAAUUGCAGCAUCUGUGAUACGAGAUGGCUUUGGAUCAAAGUGUGCAAGAAUAUUCAGAAUUCUUUUGGAUAAAAAAGUAUUAGAACCAAAACAGAUAGAAGAACUUGCUAUGCUUCAUCCAAAAGAUACUAAAGAAUUUAUUUUCAAAUUGAUUGAAGAAAAUUAUGUGUUAUCUCAUGAAUUACCAAAAGGUUCAGAUUUUUCCCAUGGGCAAAUAUUUUAUCUUUUACGCAUUGACAUGAAUCAGGUUUGCCGUAUGUUGCUGGAAAGAUGCUAUCAAGCUCUUUUCAAUCUCGUCACCUGUAGUGAAGCUCAAUACCAAGAGAAUAAAAGACUGUUGGAAAAAAAACAAAGAAUCGAUGCUAUUGUUGCUUCUUUGAGAAUUAAUGGAGCUGAAGAGGAACAAAUAGAAGAAGUGCAACAAAUUAUUUCACAACCAGAAGAAGCUGUGAUAACUAAAGUAUCCCAUGUAACACAGAAAAUAGAUUCUAGUCAAAUUCAGUUGGCUGAGAUGAUUUCCAUUUUGAGUAUAUGGCUGGAUUAUACGAAAAUAAAAUAAAAUAUUUUAUUAAUUUUG